UCCAGAAUCCGCUUCCCUUUGAGAUUACGAUUGAUCGAGCAGUGACCCAGGCUGGGGUAGCUGGCGUUGUCGACGCGUCAUUCAAUCAGUCCUUCACCAGCUUUAUCAUUCCUGCCUUCGGCUCAGCCAACAGCGGCACGUUCCCAGACGUGGCGCUUCCCUUGGGUGCCCUGGCAGCGCUGGCCAUUAUUCCGCUCCAGGAAUUGGAUAUUUUGAACGCGGAUGUGAGCGUCAGAGUUGCCACCAUCGAAGGCAAGCUUGGAAUUCCAAUUCCUCUGGAUGGACUGAAGCAAACUGCUGUGAAUACGACAUAUACCCUCAAUCUCAGCGAAACUUGAUUUUGUUCAAAUUGAGAUGGGCUGACCUGUUGGACUGUGGAGUGUAGCUCUCAUGUGCGAGGUCUCGGGCGCCUCUACGAUUUCACCCGGUUUUGAUUGAAUCAGGAAUGACAUUGGGUAUUUUGGGUUAAGGAGAAA